AAAGUAAGUUGUCAAAGUAUGGUACAUUAUACUUUUGGUUUGAUUCACCACCGAUCGAAUAUAGUCUAUCGAGGAUCAAGUGAAAUGUUGUCAAAUAUGCGUCCAGUAUGUGAAAUUGUUAAUUUAACGAUGCGAUCGAUGUAAUCUAUACUAUAUAUAUUCGUAUAUAUAGUUGAAAGGGCAAGUGCUUGUAUUAAUUGUACAUACCAACUACUAUCUCAUAAAAGUGUUUUUACCUUACAAUGAUGAAUAACCGAAGACGAACAAAUAACUUUACGUACGUUAGCUCGUGUGUAAAGUACAUGAUAUUUAUGCUCAAUUUUGUUUUUUGGUUAUUCGGAGGACUGCUAAUUGGAGUGGGUUUAUAUGCAUUCGUGGACAAAUGGCAGGCAACUGGUUCUGUUCGAGUGGAAAAUGUGUAUGAUGUAGUCCUAAAUAUUUCACUUGUAAUGGUUAUAGCAGGAGGAGUUGUUUUCGUUGUUAGUUUCGCAGGAUGUGUUGGAGCAUUGCGUGAAAAUACUUGUCUUCUGAAAUUUUAUUCGUUGUGCCUAUUGGUAUUCUUUCUCCUUGAAAUGGGCGUAGCAAUUGUUGGUUUUGUAUUUCCACAUACAUUGCAAUCUUUAUUGGAAGAAUCAUUCACUGAUAAGAUUAUACAAACCUAUCGAGAAGAUCCUGAUCUACAAAAUUUUAUUGAUUUUGGACAACAAGAAUUUCGGUGCUGUGGUUUAAGUCAAGAAGGAUAUUUAGACUGGGGGAAGAAUGAAUACUUUAAUUGCUCCAGUCCUAGUGUGGAACGUUGCGGUGUACCAUUCUCUUGUUGCAUUAAUGCUACAGACAUAUCUAGUGGGUUAGUGAAUAUAAUGUGUGGCUAUAAAGUUCAGAUGUUACCAGUAUCCGAAGCUGGGAAGAAGGUAUGGACUAGUGGUUGCAUUGAAAUAGUGAGAAGUUGGGCAGAACGUAAUCUUUAUACAAUAGCGGGCAUUGCUUUGGGCAUAGCUCUUAGCCAAUUAUUUGUCAUUUAUCUUGCUAAGACGUUAGAAGGUCAAAUUGAAUUGCAAAAAUCUCGUUGGCAUUCCUGAGCUUGACUUCAGGCCACCUACCGCUAUCAAAUUCAUUCCCCUCCCAGCAGGCAGGUGGCCAGUGGCCGAACACGAAGCCAGGACAUUGAAUCUCAUGUAAAUGUUCGAAUGACAUUACUUGUUCUUUUCGCGAUCUCUGUAUACAUACUCUGCAUUCUCUCUUUAAUUAGACUUGUUCUUUAUUUUAAAAAUUAUUUUCAUAUAUAUUUAAGCAAAGGUUAACUUUUACUAAUUCUUACGUAUUACUGUGUCUUUAUAAACAAUUUCUUGUUUUUUUUUUUCUUUUAUUACUCUGACUUUACUGCCAAAUUGUUGGGUGAUAUAGCCAUAUAUAUUUUUUUCCCUAAAAAUUUUAUAUAUCUUGCAUAGUAACAAGUUAAUUACUCUCAUACCAGUUUACCCUACAAUAGCGAAACUGAGUCUGAAUAUUAUUCAAUUUAUACAUUUAGUUAUAUACGAAUCUUCUGUUGCAAAAACUACGUAAAUCUACGGACAAAAUUGUGGUUAACAUAAGUUUAAUUGAAUAUAAAAUAAUAAAUGUACCAACAAGAUAAUUAUUUCGGUAACAACGUGCAAUAAUUUUACGUGUAUAGAAAUAUGAUUUCUAUUUCUGAAAAAUAUCCAUGUAUGGUAUUGAAUUUUAUAUGAUAGUAAUUUUUGCAUCAGAACUUAAAGAUAUUACCCGCAUAGUAUAUCUAAUAUAUAUUGUAAGUAUUCGAAAGUUUUAAGCUUUUAAAUAAUUGACCUACAAAAGACUUGCAACAAUAUUAUAUAAUUUAUAAAGUAGAUACAAUCUAUAAGAAAUUCAAACUUUUUUAUACAGUUUGUUUUUUCUCAAUAUAUUUACAUAACUAUUUGCAGAAAUAUUUCUGUAUGUAAGCGUAUUUUAUUAUUGUUCAAAAUAAGAAUUAUUUGCAUUCUUGUAAGAAGUACCAAUGACCUGACACAAUGAAAUACAAGAAAUAAGUACAUGGAUAAAACACGCACAUUGGUUGAACAAUUUAACUCAAAUACUCUUUGUUACGAUUGGUAUUUUUUAAAUUUCUUCGAUCUUAUUAUAAAAAUAUCAAUAAGUAUGUAGUUAUUUACAAAUUAAUAUUGUUGAUUUUUUUUAUUUUACUAUAUUAGCAUAACUCAAGUGCAUAAGUGAAAAAAACGUCCAGUGCCAAAGUCAGAAUAUUAUCUUAUAGUUUUUUUUUAACAAACCUGACAAUAAUCUGGUGUAAACAAUUUGUUCAUUGAGUGCAUUUAGAGUACAUCUGCGUGUCCUUUUAUCAAGAAUUAAUGUAAAACUGACAUAUAAAACCAUCUAGUUUGUAAUAAACAAGUAUUAUUCUAA